CAAGGCUACAGCUAUUGCAAACAUUUGCUGAAGUCAGCCCUGGACCCCAUCCCUAUGCAGGAACACCGAGUAGAGUGUCAGUGGACUGGCCAGCUUAUCUCGCAGUUUUUAUCAUCAUUUUUCUAACAUCACAAUUUUAACUCAAGUGUCUUUCAGUUACUGCACAGAACAGCAGGCUCCACUAGCGCAAAGACUAAACUUUUCUUCUGGGGACUGAAGCAUGCUGAUGAUGCUACCGAGCCCAAUCACUUCCACCCCCUUUUCUGUUAAAGAUAUUUUGAAUUUGGAACAGCAGCAACAACAAAGUCAGCAUCAAGUAUCUGAUCAUCAUGUCCAUCUGCACCAGGAUUUGCAACCACAGCACUUCCACCCUUCUUCUUGUAUGUUGGCGGCAGUUGCUACAGCAGAAGGUGCGAAUUUCGUGGAGGGAGAGGACAGGUUGCCGACCUUUCUGAGCUCUGUGCCUAGUCCGGAUCCUCACAGAGAGUUAACACUCUCACCAGAACUUUAUGUGCAUACAGUACUCCGGGGCACAUGCGACACCAAACCAGGAGAGGAGGACUGUGUCUGCAAUGAGCAAGAACAACUGAACUGCUCUCUCAAAAAAUGUGAAGAAACCGGAGAGAGUAAAGAUGUUGGGUCGGAGUCCAGACCAAAGCAGCGGACUCGAAGAAAGCCCAGAGUCCUCUUUUCUCAGGCACAGGUGUUUGAGCUGGAGAGACGAUUCAAACAACAAAGAUACUUGUCUGCACCGGAAAGGGAGCACCUGGCCACCACAUUGAAACUCACCUCCACUCAGGUUAAAAUCUGGUUCCAGAACAGAAGAUACAAAUGUAAAAGGCAAAGGCAAGACAAGUCACUAGAGAUGUCAAGCCAUCAUCACCCACCUCCACCACGACGUGUGGCAGUACCGGUUCUAGUGCGGGAUGGGAAACCAUGCAUAGGAGGAUCUCCGAAUUAUAGCACUUCUACCUAUAAUGUGGGAGGCAGCCCAUACUCAUAUAACAGCUACACUUCUACCUACAACACGUACAGUAACCCAGUGUACAACUCCAGUUACAGCUGCACUUACUCAAGUCUCCCCACCUUGCAGCCUGCUGCUACGGCUGGCACUGCUUUUAUGAACCUCAGUAACAUCACCAGCCUGAGUCCUGCUGCGCAGUCCACUGGUCACCAUCACCAGCAGCCAGCUCCAAGCCCAGCUUGUCAAGGCACAUUACAAGGUAUCCGAGCAUGGUAGCUGCUGGAAGCAGUCUUGUGGUCUGAUAAACUACAUUCUUCUCACAAAUCAGUAAGGCUGGUCUGACGAACUUCUUUCCUCUUCAGAUGGGUGGUUAAUACUUUUAAAACAUAGAUGCGCCAGUUAACAGAACAGAGACUGACCUAGAUGUCCUUUCAGUAAUAUAAAGAAUGCUGCGGCAUUUUGUGCGUUUGUGGGAUGUAAUGUUGAAAAAUUAUCCUCAAAGUGGAAUUUAGCCAACCCUAGAAUGUUUAUUGUUAUGAAUAUAAAAGCCUUUGCCGUGAAGGUUGCUAUAUGAUGGUGUUGUGGGCAUGAUGGAUUCUAGACAAAUUACUGUGGUUUAAAACUAAAAUAAUCUGACAACUAAUUCCUACAUUUGGCAAAUAUUUUGCACUGUAAUCGGGUAGAAGCAAACCGAGGAUUAUUCCAGUUGUUACACAGUACUGCCAUUCUGGCAUCUGGGGUACCUUGUGCAUUUCAACGAAGAAUCUCAGGAUACAGCCUGCCUUUCCGAAGGCCAGCAACUUGGCGCUGGUCGGGUAACAUAAUAUAUUAGCGAGAAAGCUAUAUUGGACAACUGAUAAUCUUGGACAGUGUGGUAUUAAAGGAGAGAAAACCAGUUAACCAAAUAUUUUAAUUAUACCGUACUUGUAUAUAUGACACAUUCGUCAGGCCUCAAGUCCUGCAUAUGAAUUUCGUAGCUAACAUUACAAACUGUAUGUGAGACACCAUUUGCUUAUUUAAAUUCUUAACUCUAUAAAUGAAUAUUCGACCUACCUAGAUGGGUCUACUAUUUACUCACGCCCGCUUACACUUUAAUUUGAUCCUCUUGCUAUAUGGACAAAUCUAUGAUGUACUUGAUGUAUUUAAUGCAGCCCAAUACAUUUCCCUGUAGGUCUCAUUAUACAAAAUGCUUAGAAAAUAUUAUACUGUAAAUGUAACUGCACGUUUAACUGUAUCGCCUGCAUCAUGAGUGAAAAAAACAUUGCCUAGACGUUGUGGAACCAGCACCUAGCCUGCUCUAAAGCUGUCUGAAUGCACUAUAUGAAAUGUAUAAAUUACAUAACUAAAUAAAUACCCAGGUGCAAUA